AAAAAAAAAAACAGCUCUCAAAGCUUGAGAGCUAAAUAAAAGGAAAAUCAAAGAAAACACUUCGUCUAUUAUUAUGACAAACUAAAAUAAAGGACAGUGAGAAGAGAGAGAAACUGUAAAGAAAGAAAAGAAGAAGAAGAGAGAAGAAAAGGGUUUCAAGAUCUUGUCAGAUCAAGCUAGAAAAAACGUGUGAUGGGGAGGGAACUCACAGAUGUACACAUGGACAAUAAGCCAAAUGGUGUGUUGAAUUCAAAUGGUAAUCCAAGAGUUUCAGAAGGCACUGAGUCAAAUAACUAUGAGGUCAAGGAAUGCACUGCAGAAAACUCAGUCGCUGAGAAUGGUCAUGACAAGCAAGAUGUGCUGGGUGUUAAAAGCACAAAUUUUGGUACUGACAUCCCUGAAGGGAAAAGUGAAAAAGCUGAAGAUCAGAAGUCCACUGACAAUAAGAAGCUAAGCACCACUGCAUCAAAAUCCACUGGUGCUAGAAAUACUCAUGCUUAUCACACUAUCUCCAAAACUGGUGCAAAUGGCACAGCAAAUGUUAACUCUACACCCUCCCUUACUGCUACAAAGGAUUUAGAGCGAAACUCUCUAAUGACUCCUCUGAUGUCAAGGAAGCCAUUGCUGACUUAUGACGGGAAGCAUCCUGAUGAAGAAGAUAAUUGGUCUGUCACUUCCUCUACUGCUGCAUCUGUUCGAACUGCUAGAUCGAGGGUAACUAUUGGAACUGCUCCAACUUUUAGAAGUGCUGAUCGUGCUGAGAAACGGAGGGAGUUUUACCAGAAGUUAGAGCAAAAACACCAAGCUCUGGAGAAAGAGAGAAGCCAGUGUGAGGCCAGGACCAAGGAAGAGCAAGAAGCAGCCCUUAAGCAACUUAGAAAGAGCUUGGUUGUCAAAGCAAAUCCAGUACCUAGUUUCUACUAUGAAGGACCUCCACCGAAGGUCGAACUGAAGAAGCUGCCAUUGACUAGGCCAAAAUCACCAAAUCUUACCCGGAGAAAGAGCUGCGGUGAUGCUAUCCACUUGUCUCUGGAUGAAAAGGCAAAAGCUUGCUGCCGGACUCACCGCCACAGCUUAGGUAACCAUAGGGAACGAUUCACUACUGCAAAUGAGGUCAAAAGUAAGGGUCAGGUCAGUGGACAGAGCAGUAAUGGAGCUGGCAAGGUGAAAGAUCGAGCAAAACAGGUAAAAGAGGUGACAGAAGCUGCUCCUACUACAAUCACCGAGCAGAGCAAUGCUAACAUCAUUGUUCAGUCAUGAACAUCUGGUUUUUACUAACUCUUAAGUGGGGAAAUGGUCUCGAAUUUCGGUAGUGCAA